GACGGACUGGUCGCAGACAGGCCGCACCACGCGAUCCCGGAUAUGAUGGUGCCGGCUGGUGGAGGAGAAGGAAGUGCUAGUACUAUGGCGACGACAUCACAUGAAAGUGCCCCAUCGGAAGGAGUAGAUCAGGGAACAACAGGAGAGGAGACUAAACAGCCCUACACCUUUGCCGACAUGAUACAG